CCUGGUUCAUCCACGGAGUUCUAGGUUCAACCAACGAAGUGUUAUGUGCUCCGCCAGAAAAGUAGACGGCGAUACUGUGCAUGCAACAUCUUGUAGUACCAGCUGACAACGACAGACAAAAAGGGCGCGGGAAAUUUGGAAAUGGCGGAGUACAUAACCAGUGAGGAGGAGGCAACGUCUCCCUCCUCCCUCAAGCUGUACGAGGCACAGUUCUUUGGUUUCACCCCUCAGACCUGCAUGGUGAGAGUAUACAGUGCCUUUCAGGACUGCCUGAAUGAAUUGCUACUUGUCGUAGAAGCAGUGUUCGUGAGAAAACUAAGCGGAACUGAACCAAAUGGAGAGCAACUACAUUUAAGGGCAAGAGAAUGCACCCAAAAGUUGCAGAUAUUCCUUCAGGAACGCUUCAAGCGUCUGUCUGGUCGCAUGGAAACCGUUUUGGUCAACAACGUCCUCUCAGUCCCGCCUAAUGUGUUGCUGCCUGACGACCAGCCACACAAAAAGUACCCUCAACGUUUAGAGGAGGUUCUUAAGCUGGAGUCUUCCCUGGCGGAGCUGCAACAAGCGUACCAAGUGGAGGUGUGUGCCAGGCAGGCCUUGCUGGCUGAACUGGAGGAGCAAAGAGAGGUCCAAGAGCAGCUGGAUGGGAUCCUGAGCUGGAUUGGAGAACUACAGGCAGCAUGGAUGCAGGAGGGAAUGGGCAGCUUUUACAACAGCUUCUGUGUGAUGAUGCAGUCGGUCAAGAAACUGCAGGCUGUCUUUGGAGAGAUCAAUAAGAAAAGCAAAAGACUGGAUGAGGACUCGUCAGUGGGAUGGACCCACAUGGUGUAAAAUACUUGUUAGUGGUGUUGUGAGAUGGGUAGGUUGCAGGUGUGGCAAAAUUGUGACUUGGAAUAGCACCCUCUGUCAGACAAAAGACAAAUAGAAUUCUAUGCCUUUGGAUGUAUUAACAAUUAUACAAUUUAUCAGACACAAGUCUUACAAACAAGAAUGAGCAGUUUUUAAAUCAUAAUUCAUCUUUGGUUUGAUAUAUUUACUUUUUGAUGGUUUACUAUACAUUCAAAAUAUAUUAUCCACAAUUUGAGUAGUAAGAGGCUCAAGCAGUUAGUCUUUUUUUUUUAUCUCCCAGUCUUAACUCUGUUUCUCUGGCAUUUUUUAUAAAUGUAUGUUAAUUAAUGAAUGAACUUUGGAGCCAUAGUCACCACAAGGGGGAAGCAUUGGUUUGUUAUUGCCAUCUCAAAUGUACAUUGACCAAGCAGUGCCAUUGUACAGUGUGAAUUAUUUUUGAUUCAUUGCCUUAUUAUCUUUUUGGCAAAAUCAUUAAAUGUACAACACUUUAAUAAUUUUGAAUAAAUAAAAGUGUAAUUGUGCAAUUGCA